AUGGCAAGCAGCAACCCUUACCGGUAUGAACCAAGCCCCGUGGCGGCCAUGAUAUUCCUGGUUUUAUUCACAAUAUGUACCGUCUGGCAUGUUAUCGUCAUGUUUCGCAGGCGUGUCUGGUACUUUAUACCGCUCAUUCUGGGUGGUGCCCUGGAGAUCAUUGGCUACGUCACUCGAUACUUGGGAAGCCGAGACGUCGCCAACCUCACCUUCUUCAUCAUCCAGACGCUGUGCAUCCUGGUUGCGCCCGCCCUCUUCGCCGCAUCCAUCUACAUGGUCCUCGGUCGCCUCAUUCGCACGGUUCAUGCUGAGUCGUACUCGAUCGUCCGACCCUCCUGGCUCACCAAGGUUUUCGUCGGCGGCGACCUGGUGUCCUUUAUCGUUCAGCUCGCCGGCUCCGGCCUGCUAACCAGCAACUUCAGCCUCGGCAAGACGAUCAUACUCGUAGGACUUGUUGUGCAGAUCCUCUUCUUCGGGCUCUUCCUCCUCGCCGCGAUGCUGUUUUACCGACGGCUGAGCACGGAACCAACGCCAGCUUCGGAGCGCCUGGAUCUGCAGAGCAAGAAACGCGGGUGGAGAGGCGUCAUGUUGGUCCUCUUCCUGGCCAGCGCCCUGAUCUUCACCCGGUCCAUCUUUCGCCUCGUGGAGUUUACAGGCGGCCACGACUCUCCCAUGCUCACGAGCGAGGCCUACAUCUACGUGUGCGACGCGACCUUGAUGUUUGGCGUUCUCGUCGCUCUGAUCUACCUCCAUCCAUCCGAGUACGUGGUAUAUCCGAGGAAGAGCAUGCGCUUGGAGGGUGAGGAGCUGUUGUAA